CUCCUACUUCUUACUUCUUCCUACUUGGCUUACCUACUACUACACUAAUACAAUAAUUAUCAACUACAUCAUGGACAACGAAACUUGUAAUCGAAUUGUUGACUCUAUCUUCAAAGUUUUAGUUGAUGGUAGUAAAAAGGACUACAUUGGUGAACAUAUUUCUCAACUAGAACAUUCAUUACAAGCAGCUUCUCAAGCUUUGAAUGCAGGUGCUGAUGAGGAAACCAUUUUAGCCGCGUUACUUCAUGAUAUUGGACAGUUUGCUACAUCUGCAGAUCAAAAACAAAUGCUGUGUGAUGCCUCUGCUUUAAAUGAAUUGGACCCUGGUGCUGUAAAAGGUAAUAAACAAGUCAGUGUUGGUGUGACAGGUCAUGAACGUAUUGGUGCAGAAUAUCUUCGUCAACUCGGCUUCUCGGAAAAGGUCACGGCUCUUGUGGAAUCUCAUGUACCAGUCAAACGAUACCUGACUGCAAAGUAUCCAGAAUACUAUGCUAGUCUCAGCGGUGCAAGCAAAUUAUCUCUCAAGUAUCAAGGUGGACCAUAUACAACUGAACAGGUGGAAGCAUUUGAAAAAGAUCCUUUAUACCAUAUCAAGGUACAGGUACGCCAAUGGGAUGAUGCAGCUAAAGUGGUGGGACUCAAAGUACCUGAUUUGGAAUAUUACCGACCGAUGGCUGUCAAGCAUUUACUACAACAGAAAAAGCAAGUGGUAGCAUAGAUCGUAUCUUCUUUUUUCAUAUUAUUAUUUAGUUUGAUUCUCCAUAUAUUAUCUGUAUUGUCUUGUAGACAUAAUUCUUUACUAUUAUUAUUAAAUAAAAUC